AUGUUAAAACGUUUAAAGAAUAUUUUCAAUACAUCAAUUAGCGAUGAUACAAUCGCGUCAAAAAAUUUAAAAGAUAAUCUUUUAACAAAAUCAUCACGUCUUUAUAAAGAACAAACACCAUUAAAUGAAUGGAAAUUAAUCAAAGAAUUAGGCGAUGGUGCGUUUGGUAAAGUGUAUCAAGCAUAUAAUGAACAAAAUAAACAAUAUGCUGCAGUUAAAAUCAUUGAUGAUUGUACAGAUGAUGAAUUACCUGAACAUUUAGUUGAAGUUGAUAUAUUAACUGAUUGUAAUCAUAAAAAUAUUAUUAAAUUAUAUGAUACUUAUCUUUAUGAAACAAAAUUAUACAUUUUUCUUGAAUAUUGUACAUAUGGUGCUGUUGAUUAUAUAAUGACAACACUUGAACAUGGUUUAGAUGAAAAACAAAUACGUUUUAUUGGUUAUCAAGUACUUGAAGCAUUAGAUUAUUUACAUACACAACAAUUUGUUAUACAUAGAGAUAUUAAAGCAAGUAAUAUACUACUAACACAAACAGGACAAGUUAAAUUAGCUGAUUUUGGUGUGUCGGCAAAGAAUUCAUAUGCAAAUCAAAAAAGAAAUGAUUAUAUUGGAACGGUUUAUUGGAUGGCACCUGAAGUCUUUUUUUGUGAAGCUAAUACCGAUAUGAGUUAUGAUUUUCGUGUUGAUAUAUGGUCAUUUGGUAUAACGUUGAUUGAAAUGGCUGAAAUGGAUCCACCAUAUCAUGAAAUGAGAGCUGAACGUGUUGGUGCAAAAAUUCGUCAAGCAACACCACCAACAUUAAAAAAUAUUCGUCAAUGGAGUACGGAUUUUUUUGAUAUAUUAACAUGUUGUUUAAAACGUGAUCCAAAUGAACGUAAAACAUGUCAAGAAUUAAAACAACAUCCAUUUAUGUUAAAUACACAAGAAUUUCAUUCAUCGAUACUUUUUCUACUUGAAGAAUAUAAAGCAACACCUGUUGUUGAAGAAGUUGAGGAAGAAAUUAUACCACCUGAAUCUCAACCGAAAGAUACUAUUAAUAAUGAAACUAGUCUUUCAAAAAAUCCAAUUAUUGAAGUAGAUCUUAUAGAAAAUAAUUCCUUAGUAAAUGGUAAUAAUGACAUUCCAACAACGAUUGAUAAUCACAAUAAUAAUAAACAGAUACAAUCGGAUAGUACACCAGAACAAAAACAUCGUCUAUCAAAUGGUGAAAACAUGUCACCAGAUCUAUCAACGAUCAAGGAAGACGAUCACAAAAAGAUUGAAACAUCUAAUAAUGUAACAACUAAACCACCUCUAGUGCCUAUACUAACGUCAUCAAACAGUGUACCGAAACCACCACCCUUACCCUCUUUUGUUUCGAAUACUACUCCUACUACUACGACGAACACGACUUCUAAGAUUCCAGUAGUACUUACUACUCAAUUUCAAUCUCGUACGUUAUCUGAAUCAAAUGAAUCUUCACCACCAAUGUCUAUUCAACGAGUAUCUCCAACUUCUUCAAUAAUAAAUGAAAAAAAUAAACAACCAACAAUUACUAUUGAACGAAUACCUUCGUUUUCAGAAAGACCAAAUGAAAUAUUUCCUACUCGUAAAGGUGCUAAUAUUGAAAUAGGUCGUCUUGAAAUCGAAGAUUUAGCUCGAAGAGAAUUAGAUAAUAGAUGCGAGUUAUAUUAUCAAGAUUUACUCGAAGAAAUUAUUCAAUCAGAUUUUGAGAAACCAUCGAUUCCAGAAGUUAUACUUUCUGUUAUAACUGAUCUAACAGCUGAUGAUGUUGAUGAUGAUGAUAUUGAACAAACGUGUGAAGAAGAAAUUGAAUUUGAAACUGACAAUAUCGAUUCAAUAUAUUAUUUUAAACAAGAUAAGCCACGUUUAAAUUCAUCAUCUAUGCUCAAUACAAGUAAUGAUAUUGAUUAUUAUUAUACAUGCGUACGUCAAGCCGUAGAAAAUGGAAAUGAUCAUGAUACAAUGCGAAGUAUAAAUAAUUCAGAUCAAAUUAUUCCUAUCAUAUCAAAUACUGAUCCAACAUCAAAUUCUUUACAAACUCGAGAAACACGUCGUCGAACAAUACGAACAACACGAAGAUUUGUUGGACCUGAUGGUAAAGAAAAAGAAACUAUUACAACAAAAAUUGUUGAACCACAUGAUGAUUAUCAAUCAAGAUUAAUUGAAAGAAAAGAAGCUCAUCGUGAAUUUCGUCGUUUGUAUCAUUUAGAAGAAAAACGUCGUCAACAAUUAUUAGUUCGUCAUGAAUUUGAAAUUGAUGAACAACGACAAGAAUUUCGUCGUAAACGUGAAGAAUUAAUGAGAAAAUAUGAUGGUGAAUUGCAAGCAAUGGAACAAAAACAUAAUAUUGAAAUUGAACGUGAAAAUAUUCUAUUAACAAAUGAAUAUAAUAAAAAAAUCAAACAACUCAAAACUGAUCAAGAAAAAGAAUUUAAACAAUUUCGUGAACAACUUCGAGAACAAAUCAAACAAAUCAAACGUGAAUAUGAUUCACCAACAUCAACAUAUCACAAUUCACAAACAUUGAAAGAUCGAAAAGAACAUUUAAAACGAUAUUUAACUGAAAAAGAAGAUGAAUCAUAUGUACGUGAAAAAGAAUUUCUUGAUAAUCAACAACAAAUAUAUGAUAAUCAAUUGAAAACAAUUGAAAAUUAUUAUGCAAAACGUAUAGAAAUGUUUGAAAAACAAUUUCAAAUAAAAAAACAAAGUCUAUUAAAACUAAAUGAACAAGAAUUAUGGGAUAUUGAUGAAUUAGAAUUACGUUCACGUUAUGAUCUUUUACGUAAACAAACAAAAUCUUUUUACGCAUUAUUUCGUACAAUGUUAACACAACAAUCAGAAAAAGAAUUACAACAAUUAGAUGAACAAAUACGUUUUGAACGUAAUACACUGGAAGCACGUCUUACAGAUGAUAAAAGAGAAUGGCCAAAACUAUGGAAAAAAAUGCAAAAAACACGAACGAAACAAUUUCGACAACAAUUAAUUAUGAAUAAAACAUCAUCUGAAGAAGAAAAGAAACUUAUUAAAAAGUUUGAAACUGAUGAAUAUGAACGUUAUCGAAUUCAUGAAGAACGUUUAAAAGAAAAACAUUAUCAAUUAAUAGAAAAUCUUCAUAGUAAACAUCAAGCAACAAGAAAUGAAUUAUUAUUUGUUCAACGACAAAAAUUAGAACAAUGUAUUGAAUAUGAAACACGUAAAUUACAAGAACUUCAAUCAACAUUUGAAAGUGAUUGGAUGGAAUUUCGUAAUACUCAAAAAACUCGAAAAUUACAAUCUAUAUCUCUUCCAUAUUCGAAUGGAACAUUCCUGCGAACUCAACUAAAACCAUUUGCGACAACAGUCGUACGUUCCCCAGUAUUAUCAUCACAUGCACCUGUGAUACUUCGUUCAACUGGUAGCCAUCGAAUUCCAUCAUGGCAUACAUGGCCAAAUAAUGAUUUAAAUAAUGAUGAGCAAUUUUGGUCAAUAAGCAAUGCUAGCGAUAAUAUUUUAUUCUAA